UCCGAAGACAAACUCCGAUCAAAGUAAAAGCUGCAACCAUGCCUGGAAUCAUGGUAGAAUCCGGCGGUGGCAAAGACCUUCCGGCUAAGCUCACCGGACAGGUUGUUAUUUGCAGCAUCAUUGCAGCAUUUGGUGGUCUCAUGUUUGGCUAUGAUAUUGGCAUUUCUGGAGGAGUAACUUCCAUGGAUGAUUUCUUGGAGAAGUUCUUUCCAACAGUUUAUAUCAAGAAACACAAAGCAAGAGAAGACAACUAUUGCAAAUACGAUAACCAAUAUCUUCAGCUAUUUACUUCUUCACUUUACCUAGCUGCCAUUUUAUCCAGCUUUUUAGCUUCUUUUGUUUGCAAGAUAUGGGGCCGGAAACCCACCAUUCAGAUUGCUUCAGUCUUCUUUCUCAUCGGAGCUAUCUUGAAUGCCGUUGCUCAAAAACUCGGUAUGUUGAUUGCCGGAAGGCUUUUUCUCGGUGCUGGAGUUGGGUUUGGUAAUCAGGCAGUGCCAUUGUUCAUAUCAGAAAUUGCACCAGCAAAAUAUAGGGGAGGCCUUAAUAUAUGUUUUCAAUUGCUAAUCACAGUAGGAAUUUUGAUAGCAAAUGUCAUUAACUAUUUUACCUCAAAGUUGCAUCCACACGGUUGGAGAGUUUCUCUAGGUGGAGCUGCAGUUCCUGCUAUAAUUCUCUUUAUUGGCUCUCUUGCUAUAUCAGAAACCCCAACAAGCUUAAUCGAGCGAGGAAAGAAUGAAAAGGGUAUAAGUGUUCUAAAAAAGAUUAGAGGUGUUGAUAAUGUUGAUGAAGAAUACAUAGAAAUUUUAAAUGCUAUUGUGUUAGCUAGACAAGUUAAAAACCCAUUUAGAAAUCUCAUGAAUCGGUCUAAUAGAGGACAACUUGUCUGUGGAACAAUUCUUCAGAUCUUUCAGCAGUUUACAGGCAUCAAUGUGGUGAUGUUUUAUGCACCAGUUUUGUUUCAGACUAUGGGGUUUGGAGGUGACGCUUCUCUUUUAUCAGCUGUAGUUACUGACUCUAUCAAUGUGGUGUGCACAUUGGUUGCAGUUUUUGGUGUUGAUAAAUUUGGAAGAAAAUUUUUGCUGCUGGAAGCUGUUCUUCAAAUGCUCGUUGCCCAGACUGUAAUGGGAGUGACUCUAGAUAUGCAUUUGAAAUCUACAAACAUAAUGCCAAAGCAUUCUGCUGUUCUUGUUCUGGUGAUGGUAUGUAUAUUUGUGUCUGGUUUUGCAUGGUCAUGGGGUCCUUUAGGAUGGCUAAUACCAAGUGAAAUCUUCCCCUUGGAAACAAGAAGUGCUGGUUUCUUCUUCGCUGUCAGUAUGAACAUGUUCUGCACAUUUCUAAUUGCUCAAGCUUUCCUCACUAUGCUCUGCCAUAUGCGAUCUGGGAUCUUCUUCUUCUUUGUUGCUUGGAUAAUUGUGAUGGGUCUUUUUGCCAUUUUCUUUCUUCCUGAAACAAAAGGAGUUCCAAUUGAUGAAAUGAAUGAAAGAGUAUGGAAGAAACAUUGGUACUGGAGAAGGUAUUUUAAGGAUUCUGAUCAAAAGAGAAUCCUAGAAAAACCAUAAGGUUGUGUUUAUAAUAUCUUGUUCUCUCUUUUUGUAGGGUAAGAAUAAUUGUUUUCAAUUGAUUUCCAUUUUAGUAGUCUUGUAGGUUCAAUUUUAGUGUAUUAUUAUUAUUAUUAUUAUUGUUAAUUAUUGAGUUAAAUUUCUUAUUAA